AUGUCGUCCUCUUCACAGACGCCGGAGAGCUGGAUCAGCGCCUUUUGUAGUUUGGUCGGCCACGAAUAUUUCGCGGAGGUGUCGGAGGACUUCGUAGAAGAUGACUUUAACCUGACUGGCCUACAGAGCCAGGUGCCGAUGUACAAGGAGGCACUGGAGAUGAUACUGGACGUGGAGCCGGAGGACGGUACUGAGGACGAAGAGGAAGAAGAGGAAGAGGAAGAGGAAGACGACGAUGAUAUGCAGCAAGACGGUGAUCGAAGCUAUCGCCGAGCAGACGCAGCCGAACGGCGGCACCUGCGGAUGGCAAGCGAUUUGAGUGUGAUUGAGAGCUCGGCGGAGAUGCUAUAUGGCCUCAUACAUCAGCGCUUUAUUACGAGUCGACAAGGCAUACAGCAGAUGGCGGAAAAGUACGAGCUCGGCCACUUCGGGCACUGCCCGCGUGUGUAUUGUCACGGCGCCAAAGUUUUACCAGUGGGAUGCUCGGACAUACCUGGCCAAGAAACUGUGAAGCUGUUUUGCCCGAGCUGUCUGGACGUCUACACGCCGCCUAACAGUCGGUUUCAGACCGUCGACGGCGCCUUCUUCGGCACCACGUUUGGCUGUCUGUUCUUCAUGACCUUCCCAGAACUGGAAGUUGGCGGACAGAAACCGUCAAGUUCAGCGCAAACCACCGACCCACUCGUAUCAGGCCAAUCUCCUCAACCAGAGAGUAUUAACGGCAUAGCGCCCAAAAACCUCGCACCCGGCUUAGGGCAAGGAAACAUCUACGAACCCCGAAUAUACGGCUUCCGCGUUUCGGAGUUCGCGAAGACCGGGCCGCGCAUGAAGUGGCUACGAGGCCGACCUACAGAUGUCACCGAGCUGGACGAGUGCAAAGUCUGGACACAGAGUCAAGCACUACAUGCAGCAGCCGAGGGUCUUGCACCUCCGGACGCGGCGGACUUGGCUGAUUCCGAAAUGGCGGACGACAACGUCGAAGCGGAUGAGGGCGAGGAGGAGGAGGAGGAUAUGGAUGUCAAUGAUGGAGAGGGAGCGCCGAGUGGGACGGCACAGAAUGCUAUGUUUGCGAGUCUACCGCAGCAGGACGUCACGGCAAGGAGGAAACCGAGUCGGAGGCGCGGGCAUGACGUCGCUCUCACUAACGGUGAGGGCGGCGGGACGGCGUUGAGUGUGGGUGGGGCUGGGUGA